UGGAACAGAGCACAAGAAGAAGUUUUCCUUGGAACUUCACGUACAUUUCGCAUAUAAUACCACCAAUCUGAUCAACCUCCGUAGAUUGAAGAAGCCCAAGAAUGGCCAGCCUCAUUGCUCCUGAUCACCCUUCGCCUGUUUCUGACGCUGAGGAGAUCCGAAAGGCCGUCGAAGGCUGGGGGACCGAUGAGAAUACGGUAAUCUCAAUUAUUGGACACAGAAAUGCGGUUCAAAGGAAGCUGAUCAGGCAAGCCUAUGAGGAGAUUUAUCAAGAAGAUCUAAUCAAGCGCUUCGAAUCAGAGCUCAAGGGGCACUUGGAGAAAGCAGUUUAUCGAUGGAUGCUGGAUCCAGUUGAUCGAGAAGCCGUCUUAGCCAACGUAGCCCUUAAGCAGUCGACCACUGAUUAUCCUGUGAUCGUUGAACUCGCAUGCAUCCACUCUGCUGAUGAGCUCUUAUCCGUCAAGCGAGCCUACCAGGCUCGUUACAAGCAUUCCUUGGAAGAGGAUCUGGCCGCUCAUACCUCUGAUGAUCUCAGAAAGCUUCUGGUUGCCUUAGUGGGAACAUAUAGAUACGAAGGCGAUGAGAUAAAUGCAAGAUUAGCAAAUUCAGAGGCCACAGUUCUUCACAAUGCCAUCAAGGAGAAGGUUUUGAAUCAUGAAGAGAUUAUUCGGAUUGUGAGUACAAGGAGCAAGGCACAGCUCGUGGCAACCUUUAACCGAUACAAAGAUGAGUAUGGCAAUUCCAUUACUAAGCAUUUGGUGGAUGAUCCAAACAAUCAGUACUUGGCUGCUCUGCGGACAGCCAUCAGAUGCAUCAAUGAUCCGAUUAAGUACUAUGAAAAGGUAGUGCGCAAUGCGCUUAACAAGACAGGGACAGACGAAGAUGCACUGACUCGAGUGAUCGUUACAAGAGCCGAGAAGGACAUGCAGCAGAUCAAGGAGCGGUAUUACAAGAGAAACAGUGUUUCCCUUGAUCAUGCAGUUGCCAAGGACACUUCAGGGGACUACAAACAGUUGCUUCUUACUUUGCUAGGAAAGGAAGAUUAGCUUUUUCAUUGAGGGAUAAUUUAUGUAGUUGGCUUAAGCAUGAAUCACGGCUGUUAUCCUUAUUGUUGUGUUAAAUUCCUAUCUUGGCAUUAUGACAUUCUGGUUUGUUUUUGUUUUUGUUGGGAUUUUUAACCAGAAAUGAUAAUUAGUCUUGAAGAUGAUUUCAUACUCUUAA